CCAGCCCCUCCUUGGCACUUCCUUAACACAACCCUCCCAUAAAUCCAUGGAUUUAACACAGCUGCUCUGACCCUGCAAUUCCCUGCCCUUGGUGAAUUUUAGUAGUCCAAACUUCCCAAAUUCUUCAUAAAACCUGGUGGCUCUGUGAAUUCCUGGGGGGUUUUCCUCAGCCUUGUGAAUAUUCCAGAGUGGGAAUACAGAAUCCUGGUGCCAGUUCCACUCUGGAGAUGCUGGGUGUGACAGGACCUGUGUCCUGCUGUCCUUCCGGGGCUGCUUGUCCUUGGGGUAGAACCCACAGCUGGCCAAGGACAUCUGCUGGGACCAUUCCAGAGCUGCACUUCCACCCCCUGGCACUGAGGAUGGCUGGGUGGAAAGGGACCUUCAAGACCCCCCCCAGUGCCAUGGCAGGGACACCUUCCAUGGGACCAGGCUGCUCCAAGCCCCAUCCAACCGGGUCUGGAACACUUCCAGGGAUGGGGCAGCCACAGCUGCUCUGGGCACCCCGUGCCAGGGCCAAAGCAUCCUUACAGGGAAGGAUUUCUUCCCAAUAAUCUAUUUAUCCCUACCCUCUGGCAGCGGGGAGCCAUUCCCACUUGUCCUGUCCCUCCAAGCCUUUGUCUGGAGCCCCUUUAGGCACUGGAAGGGGAUCUAAGGUGUCCCCGUAAUGCUCUCCAGAACAUUCCCAGUUCUCCCAGUCCGGCUCCAUUCCCUGUGCCAUGGUGUGGCCUUGGCUCUACAAUGAAACGUGCACACCAGGGACUCGAACAGAACCAAGAGAAGGGAAAGAGACACCAGGACGGGGACAUCCCACUGCAGUUCCCAGCAGCCAGUCCUGCUCCGCCCUCCCGUGACAUAUCCAGCACCUCCCGGUGCCUACGGCCGGUACCGGGGGGGUUUCCGCGGCCCCUUCCCCCGGCUGCGACCAAGGGCCACACGGUACCAGUCGUAUUUAUCACGUUUUCUCCCAUUUUAGCUAGAUUUACCCGGGUUUAAUGUAUUUUAGCCGGCUUAAGCUCGUUUUACCCGGGACCCGGCCAGUUACAGCCCUGCCCGGGGCAGCGGCAGCUUUAGAACUUCCCAAGGCACCAGGAACUGCUAGCGCGGCACCAGCCCAGAGGCACUGAAGGCCACAGCAGCCGAACUGGAGCCCUGCUCCCUCCGGAAUCACGCCACACCAUGCCUCACGUAUCCAGCAAUGACGACUCCAGAGCAGCGCCAUCUUAACAGCCGCUCAGGUCACAUGACACUCUCAAGCUCUCGCGAUACUUUUUCUUGGACGGCCUCCCGAACCCCUUUUCCCGCGCGCGCGCCGCGGAGAUCUCGCGAGAGCCGCGCGCUGUAGACAGAGAGAAGAUGGCGGCGACAACGACGAUGGCGCUGGGUACAGAGUCCAUUAAGAUGGAAAAUGGGCAAAGCACAGCAGCAAAGCUGGGGCUGCCCCCUCUCACCCCAGAGCAGCAGGAAGCUCUCCAGAAAGCCAAGAAGUACGCCAUGGAGCAGAGCAUCAAGAGCGUGCUGGUGAAACAAACCAUCGCCCACCAGCAGCAGCAGCUCACCAACCUCCAGAUGGCAGCAGUGACAAUGGGCUUUGGAGAUCCUCUCUCACCUUUACAAUCGAUGGCAGCUCAGAGGCAGCGGGCACUCGCCAUCAUGUGCCGGGUCUACGUGGGCUCCAUCUACUACGAGCUGGGCGAGGACACCAUCCGCCAGGCCUUCGCCCCCUUCGGGCCCAUCAAGAGCAUCGACAUGUCCUGGGACUCGGUCACCAUGAAGCACAAGGGCUUUGCCUUUGUGGAAUAUGAGGUUCCUGAAGCUGCCCAGCUGGCCCUGGAGCAGAUGAACUCUGUCAUGCUGGGAGGCAGGAACAUCAAGGUAGGGAGGCCCAGCAACAUUGGGCAGGCUCAGCCCAUCAUUGACCAGCUGGCAGAGGAGGCCCGGGCCUUCAACCGCAUCUAUGUGGCCUCAGUGCAUCAGGACCUGUCUGAUGAUGACAUCAAGAGCGUGUUCGAGGCCUUUGGGAAGAUCAAAUCCUGCACCUUGGCACGGGACCCCACGACAGGGAAGCACAAGGGCUACGGCUUCAUUGAGUAUGAGAAGGCCCAGUCCUCCCAGGAUGCCGUGUCCUCCAUGAACCUCUUUGACCUGGGGGGUCAGUACCUGCGGGUGGGCAAGGCUGUGACACCCCCAAUGCCACUCCUGACCCCUGCCACACCUGGGGGGCUCCCACCUGCAGCUGCUGUCGCUGCUGCUGCUGCCACCGCCAAGAUCACAGCACAGGAAGCCGUGGCAGGAGCCGCAGUGCUGGGCACGCUGGCCACACCAGGGCUUGUGUCCCCUGCCCUGACGCUGGCCCAGCCCCUGGGGGCUCUGCCCCAGGCUGUGAUGGCUGCACAGGCCCCCGGUGUCAUCACAGGUGUGACCCCUGCCCGGCCGCCCAUCCCGGUGACCAUCCCACAGGUGGGGGUGGUGAAUCCCAUCCUGGCCAGCCCCCCAGCAUUGGGGCUGGUGGAGGUCAAGAAGGAGAAGGAGGAGGAGGAGGUGUUCCAGGAGUCGGAGCGGCCCGAGAUGCUGAGCGAGCAGGAGCACAUGAGCAUCUCGGGCAGCAGCGCCCGGCACAUGGUCAUGCAGAAGCUGCUCCGCAAGCAGGAGUCCACGGUGAUGGUGUUGCGGAACAUGGUGGACCCCAAGGACAUCGAUGAUGACCUGGAGGGAGAAGUGACGGAGGAGUGCGGCAAGUUCGGGGCUGUGAACAGGGUCAUCAUCUACCAGGAGAAGCAGGGCGAGGAGGAGGAUGCCGAGAUCAUCGUCAAGAUCUUUGUGGAGUUCUCCAUGGCCUCAGAGACUCACAAGGCUAUCCAGGCCCUCAAUGGGCGCUGGUUUGCGGGCAGGAAGGUGGUGGCCGAGGUCUACGACCAGGAGAGGUUCGACAACAGCGACCUCUCUGCAUGAACUGACCCCAUGGAUCUUGGGAAUGGGUUUGGGUCUGGGGAACGGCCCCAAAUCUGAACCCAGGGCUUGGGUCUGGGGAACAGCCCUGAAUCUGAGCCCAGGGCUUGGCUGAGCUUGGUUUCUGGGAAUUGGUCCAAAUCUGAUCCCAGGCCUGGUUGAGCUCAGAUCUGGUGAGUCAGCCAAACUCAGGUCCCAGAGCUUGUCCAAGCUUGGAUCCAGGGAAAUGGUCCAACCCUGGUCCCAUGGUUUGGCCAAGCUCAGAUCUGGGCACUCAGCCCAGGUCUGAUCCCAGUGCUUGGCCAAACUCCAGUCCAAGGAUUCAGCCCAACUCUAUUCCAAGGAAUUCGCCAGGCUCUGCUCCUGGACUGGCCCUGCCCCCCUCUGCCUCCAAGGAUUUUUGUAGCCUUGUGUAAAGGACAUUCCAGGGCAGGCACAGGGAUCUGGUGUCUGGGGUGCUGAGAUAAAAAUGCAAAGGAAGCUGGUGUCA